AUGGUGCUCUGCUACCGUCUCUUCAUUAUAGACACGCCACGCUGUUAUCGACAGCAGUGGUGGAUCUCGAUCAAUAUAUGCGUCAAGGACCAGAUGAAGAACAAGAAACUUCGUUGA